AUGCCUUCCUCGAAUUCCUCCCCUUUCAGCAGCUUUUGGCCUCGGGACUCCAGCCCGCGCCAGAGCCCCGGAGCUUACAACCGGCCUUACCCUGAGCCACCGGGCGGCGUUAUUACUUCGCCAAGCUUCUUGCCCGAAGUACCGCGGCCUGUCGCGGCCCCCAGCCCCGGAAUACGUGACCCUCUCGUCUUCAACAACUGCAACAAGUGUGCUGAUGAGCACAAGAAGCUUGAAGACGAGCGCAAGAAGGUCAGAGAUCUUCAGUGUCGCAACGUGCGCCUCUUUUGGGAGAGACAAAUUCUGAAAGGCCAGUGUUCCAAGCAAGAGCAGGAGCUCGAGGAAUUAAAUGGCUACUUCAUCGCACUCUCCGAGGGAGAACGCGAAUUUAUGCAGCACGCACGGUCUGUCACUGAGCAGGCCUGCCGGCGGGCCAACAUUGACCGCAAGAAAGUUGUCAGAUUUCGCGAGUAUGUCGACAACCAGAUUGGUUACUACAGCAAGGCUUUCACGGUUAUUUCCAUGCAGCAGGAACAGCUGAAAGCCUGGAGUGCAGCAAAAAGUGAGGAGCAGCGCGAAGUGAACUGGGCUGACGCCCUCCGCUUCCGUGCUGUGGAGGCGAGCAAGAACGAACAGAUCUGUUCUCUUGAAGCCGAGCUCGCAAAGGCCAAGCAGGACUGCGCCUUUGUGACGGCGCGACAUAAUUACCACCACCAGUGCGUCAUGACGCUGAUGGUCCGCCUGCGCGAGCUUCAGCCUCUCACUACCAAUGGGCCUGCCCAUACCACAAACAGCAGCAAGCACGACGACGUCGCCGAGGCCGAGGCCAAGGUCCGGCACCUCGUCGGCGAACACGACGGCGAUGCACAGCAACGUGCCGCCGCCGUCACCACUCUUAAACACCGCAUCACCGGCCUGGACGCAGAACUCCAGGCCGCCUUUGCCAAACUUGACGAGCUAAACAAGUUCGAAUUGGGCCCUUCAUCGGCCUGA